GCCUCAGGGCUCACCCGGAAGUGGCUCUGAGGCAGGCCCACCUUCCCUUCUUUCCCAGCCCUUUCCCUAGUUACCCCCUCAGCCCCUGCCUUGCCAUGGGCACUGGGAGAGACAGCAGCCUCUCUAGAUGCUUAUGUCCCUUUCCAUAGUGAUAAGGGUCAAGAUGGAGACCAACUAGGAUGAGAGCCCCUCUUCCCGCCUCCCAGCUGCACGGGCAAUGUGUCCCGCGGGAGCUCCGUGAUCUGGACCCACAGCCGUGGCCUGGCAUCUCUGCCCAUGCAGCACAACACACUGGCCAGCCCAAGGGACACGAAGGAGCAGGACACAGAGGAGCCAAAGAUUUGUUUCAGAAACGGAAAGGGGGGUGGCCCAAAGGCAAGAAGAGGAAGCCACAGAAGGACCUGCCCGUGCCCCGUGCACCAACGACAGGGUACGUGAUUUUCCUGAACGAGCAGAGAAGCCAGCUGCGGGCCGAGCACCCCGACCUGCCUUUCACGGAAAUAACAAAACUGCUGGCUGCCCAGUGGGCGCAGCUGUCUCAGGAGAGGAAGCAAAGGUACAUUUACGAGGCCGAUGAGGACAAGCAGCGCUACAUCCGAGAGCUGCAGGCCUACCAGAGCUCCCAGGCCUACCGGGCCUUCCUGCGGAGGCGGGCGGCCCACGGGGCUCUGCGCGGACCAGGGACCCCAGGAGGCGAACUCGAGAGCGAGCGCCUUGACUUCUCAGCCGUCGAAGGCCCGGAGGACGGGGACCUGCACUGCCGCACCUGCCGCCAGUGCUUCAGCUCGAGGCACAACAAGAGGGAGCACCUGCUGGGCAGGCAGCACCUGCACAACCUCACAGGAGAAUUCGAGAAAGACUCCGCUGAGUACUUGCGGCACCUGGAACCUCCAGAGGAAGAGGAGGGUCGGGAUUUGCAGCAGGCCAAGUCGGAGGAGGAAGCCGAGCGCCCCAGUGUGCUUGGGCUUGGGGCGCUGGCUCCAGGGGGGAGUUUUGCUUCCCUCGACCUGCACUUCUGGCAAGAGUUUAUCUGGAAACUGCUGAAAAUGAAGGAAUUUGAGCUGGGGGAGCUGCGUGGCACUCUGGAACGAGCCCAGGCGGAGCAGGAGGCCCUGCAGAGGCAGCUGAUAGAGUUCCAGAGCCAGCAGCAGAGGCUGGAGGUGGAGCUGGCCGGCCUGCGGACGUGCGGGCUGGUGCUGCAGAAGGAGCUGGAGAACCUCAACGUGCCGCUCCUGCUGUCCUGCCUCGGCCUGCAGACGGCGGACACGGCAUGAGGCCCAGUCCCAGUGCAGCACCCACGGGACCCCAGAUGGAAGAAGGCUGAAGGGCUCGAGGCCUCGAAGAGGGACAGUCAGACGGAGGGGGAAAUAAACUGUGCGCGUGUGUGAGCAGCAGACUU